CCGCACCCCGCAGCCCUUUCACUUCCGGCCCGCUCCAGGCAGCGCCUGGCCCGUCCCCCGCGCCUCUCGGGGAGGCGGGCGCCGGGCGAGCUCCUCCCCAGGCAGUAGCGGGAGCGGCCACGCCCUGUGCGCCGAGCCGGCCUCGGGUGGGGACUUGGCUCUGUUCAGCUUGCGCGCCGCGGGCCCCUUACAGCCAGGCCUCGCGCCCGAUCAGCCCUCGGCCCCCCUGACCUCCCUCGGCUGGGCCGGCCCGCGCCUCCCGGACCAUGCUGCGCUGGCUGCGGGGCUUCGUGCUGCCCGCGGCGGCCUGCCAGGACGCGGAGCCGCCGACGCGCUACGAGACCCUCUUCCACAAGCUUGACCGCAACGGGGACGGCGUGGUGGACAUCUGCGAGCUGCAGGAGGGGCUCAAGAACCUGGGCAUCCCCCUGGGCCAGGACGCCGAGGAGAAAAUUUUUACUACUGGUGAUGUCAACAAAGAUGGAAAGCUGGAUUUUGAAGAAUUUAUGAAGUACCUUAAAGACCAUGAGAAACAAAUGAAAUUGGCAUUUAAGAGUUUGGACAAAAAUAAUGAUGGAAGAAUUGAGGCUUCUGAAAUUGUCCAGUCUCUCCAGAUACUAGGUGUAACUAUUUCUAAACAACAAGCAGAGUUGAUUCUUCAAAGCAUCGAUGCUGAUGGGACGAUGACAGUGGACUGGAAUGAAUGGAGAGACUACUUCUUAUUUAACCCUGUUACAGACAUUGAGGAAAUUAUCCGUUUCUGGAAACAUUCUACUGGUAUUGACAUAGGAGAUAGUUUAACUAUUCCAGAUGAAUUCACGGAAGAUGAAAAGAAGUCGGGGCAGUGGUGGAGGCAGCUUUUGGCAGGAGGUGUUGCCGGUGCCAUCUCUCGAACAAGCACUGCCCCUUUGGAUCGUCUGAAAGUCAUGAUGCAGGUCCAUGGUUCAAAAUCAGAGAAAAUGAACAUAUAUGGCGGCUUUCGACAGAUGGUCAAAGAGGGAGGUAUCCGCUCGCUUUGGAGAGGAAAUGGUACAAAUGUCAUUAAAAUUGCUCCUGAGACAGCUGUUAAGUUCUGGGCAUAUGAACAGUACAAGAAGUUGCUUACUGAAGAAGGACAAAAAGUAGGAACCUUAGAGAGAUUCGUUUCUGGUUCCAUGGCUGGAGCAACUGCACAGACAUUUAUUUAUCCUUUGGAGGUUCUGAAAACCAGGCUGGCUGUAGGCAAAACUGGACAAUACUCUGGGAUGUUUGAUUGUGCCAAGAAGAUUUUGAAACAUGAAAAAAUGGGAGCUUUUUACAAAGGUUAUGUUCCCAAUUUAUUAGGCAUCAUACCUUAUGCAGGUAUAGAUCUUGCUGUGUAUGAGCUCUUGAAGUCCCAUUGGCUAGAUAAUUUUGCCAAAGACUCUGUAAACCCUGGAGUCAUGGUGCUGCUGGGAUGUGGUGCCUUAUCCAGCACCUGUGGUCAGCUGGCCAGCUAUCCCUUGGCUUUGGUGAGAACACGCAUGCAGGCUCAAGCCAUGGUAGAAGGAACCCCACGGCUGAACAUGGUUGGGCUCUUCCGACGAAUAAUUUCUAAAGAAGGAUUACCAGGACUUUACAGAGGCAUCACCCCAAACUUUAUGAAGGUGCUCCCUGCUGUAGGCAUCAGUUAUGUGGUUUACGAAAAUAUGAGACAAACUUUAGGAGUAACUCAGAGCUGAAUUUUUUGCUUUAGCAUGAUUAUGGAAACUUCCAAGCAUCUCCAGAGUGACCUUUUCUCCUAGAAUUGCAACAAGUCCAUGGCAAAAAGAAGCUGUAUUUUUUUUUCACGAAAGGGAAGAACAUAUCAUUGGUAACUUCAAACAUUUGGACUCAAUUUUAUACAUUCAGAAAUGCUAAAAAUCAUUGUUUUGAUGAGCUCAUGCAGUUUUGAAAAGGCAAUAAAAUUAUAUUUUUUCUUAUUGGUCCUUUCUACAAAUCUCUGCCUGGAAUCCUAAAUCUGAAAAAAUGUACCUGCUUGAACUAAAUUUGCUUUGUUUGAAUUAUAAAUCUUUGAUCUUUAUUUUGCUUGGUUCAAGUUUGUGCCAGUUCCUUUAUACUUAAAUAUCUUUUUCUUAAAAACAAAAUGAUCGGAAAACCUAGAAACUUAAAUUGUUUAUAUAUUUUGAAUGUCUUUAUAAACUUCUUAAAAUUUCCUUGUAGGACCGUUCAUGGAGAAUCAUUGCAUGAAAACAUAAUCUUACAGCAGCCAAAUAGGUGUAAGGUCUCUAUUCUUUCUUUAAGCUGAAUAAGAAUGAACAUAAGCAGCAGAACUUCAAGGCAUGUGAAUACCCUAGUCCACUCAUAUGAUUUUUGUGUAAGGAAGAGUGAUAAAAUAUUAUUUAUUUCAGUGAGCACUUCUCCAUUUUUCUUGUACUGUUAUUUGGUUCCCAGGAUGACACACUGAUUGUCAGUAUAUUACUGUUAAAUUAUUGACACAAGGCAACUUAAUUGAAAAAUUCUGUUUAUUGUCAUUGCUUUGAAAAGAACCAGGAAACAAAACCCUUUUACUUGUAUCAGUUUCUGAAGAGCAUCUCUCUUCUCUUUGUCCUUUGUUUCCUACUUGAAUCAGACUUCCAUUUUAAUCAGGAAGGCUUCUGGGGACCAUUCUUGGUUAUCUCAAAUUUCUUAAUUACAUGAAGUAGGUUGAUCAUUGGUGAAUGGCAUUCUCAUUUCCCCCUCACUUUUAAUUUAUUUGACCCUGCAAUUCUCAAUUUUAAUAGUAAUUUGAGAAUUACUAUUCUCAAAGCUAGGAGAAUAGUAUAUAUUAAUAGUAGUAUAUAUUAAUUUUAUGUAUUUGGUACUAUAAAUGAAAGGCCCAAUUUACAAACAUGUACAUUCAUAUUUUUUCUUGCCCCCCGCCUAGAAACACAUUAUGAUAUAGGAAAUUUGAUUUAUAAUAUUGAUAGCAUGUUUUUAUUUUACUGAAGCCAUUGUGUGUAAUCAACUAUCUUUUCUGAUUUAUGUGAUUAGGACUUAGAAAAAUAUUUAUUAGUUGAAGUUAUUCUUAUGACUUUUCAAUUUAGUUCUUUUUUUUUUAACAUCUUUAUUAGAGUAUAAUUGCUUUACAAUGGUGUGUCCGUUUCUGCUCUAUAACAAAGUGAAUCAGCUAUACAUAUACAUAUAUCCCCGUAUUCAAUUUAGUUCUUAAACUCAAGUUUGAUUUCUAGUAAUUUGUUAUAAAUUGCCAACAUUUUAAUGGAAAUCUAGUGAUAUAAUAGGCAUUUACUUUAUUUGAACCUACCUCUCAUAUUUUCUGAACCAGAGAGAAAUGUUGGACUUGUGUUUGUGAAACAUAUCCUAACAUAUAGUUUUCAUUAUAUUAAUUAUACCUGAUAAAUGUCUUAGUAUUUUUAUAAUACAUAUGAUAAGAAUGGGACUCUAUCUUCAGGGUGUUUGUACUUUUGAGUGAUACAUAAAUGACAAUAUUAAGGUAUAUGAUUAGCUCUUUUUUCACUUGUAAAAUUAUGGAAUGAGUAAAAUUUCAAGCUACUGAAAAAUAUUCAUUGUUCAUUAUGAAUUUAAAUUGUUUGCUCUUUAACAUUUGUAAGGAAUGAAUGUGAUUUAUCUGUGUAUCUUGUAUCUUUUGAAAAGAGCCCGGAGUUGAAGAUAGUUCAUUUCUGGCAUUACUGCAUAUUUACUUUCUGUUUAUAUUAAAAAUACAUUUAUGUUUGUUUUUGAAA